GGGAAGCGGGGACGGCGACUGGGUCGAGGCGUUGGGCGGAAGGGGGCUGUACUGGUCUCCUGGGUGGAUACGGGAACGGUGCCUGAAUCUGGGAGCGCGUGCACGAACGAGUCCUGCCAGUACGCAUGCGCUCAGAGCCCUGGCUCUGCCGCUCCGGGGCCUGUCCCAGCCGUGCCUAGCCCUCUCCACGAUCCGGAAAUCCCGUGCUUUCCAGCUGCUUCCGUUCGCCCCUUGCCACCCGGCACACGGUAGCCGCCCAACUCACUUUGCACGCCGAGGCUUUAUUUUUAUUUUCCGAGGUAGGGUUUCGCUCCAGCCCUCGAACUCUUGGCGGUCCUCUUGUCUCAGCCUCCCGAGUACCGUGAUUAGAGGUGGCAGCUCCCACUCGACGCUGUCCAGCACAGACAUGGCAGGAAAGGAGAACAACUUCCCGCCCCUGCCCCACUUUGUGCCCCUGAAGCCGUGCUUCUACCAGGACUUUGCUGACGAGAUUCCCAUCGAGCACCAGGUGCUGGUGAAGAGGAUCUACCGCCUGUGGAUGUUUUACUGUGCCACUCUUGGGGUGAACCUCAUUGCCUGCCUGGCCUGGUGGAUCGCUAGACGCAGUGGGGCCAACUUCGGCCUGGCCUUCGUCUGGCUGCUGCUCUUUACCCCCUGCAGCUACGUAUGUUGGUUCCGGCCCGCCUAUAAGGCCUUCCGAGCCGACAGCUCCUUCAACUUCAUGGCAUUCUUCUUCAUCUUCGGGGCCCAGUUCAUCUUGACUGUCAUCCAGGCCAUCGGCUUCUCAGGGUGGGGCGCAUGUGGCUGGCUGGCGGCCAUUGGAUUCUUUCAGGUCAAUGUUGGGGCUGCAGUGAUCAUGCUGAUCCCAGCCAUCAUGUUCUCCAUCUCAGCAGUGACAAUGGCCAUAGUGAUCAUGAAGGUGCACAGGAUCUACCGUGGAGCUGGUGGAAGUUUCCAGAAGGCACAGACUGAAUGGAGCUCAGGGACCUGGCGGAACCCACCAUCACGAGAAGCCCAGUUUAACAACUUUUCUGGGAACAGCCUGCCUGAAUACCCCACAGUCCCCAGCUACCCAGCCAGUGGUGGCCAGUGGCCAUAGAGGGAGCAGGUGACCUGUCACCACCAGCAUAUUGCUCCUGUCAUCCUUGGUCCCGUGAGACCCAAACAUUUCCCCAUGUUGAGUUUAUCUCUCGCCCAAGCAGAGCCCUCAGUAAGCACUGCCUUGCAGUGGACACCCUCCUGCUUCUGAGAACCUGCUGCCACUUGUGGCCUUUUCCUCCAGAGCCAUGGACACAGCCAGACUGGCCCUGAGUUGGAACCCACUGUUGACAAGGGCAAGGCCAUGUGUGCAGGCCCUGUUUUCCUGAGACGCUGGGCAUCAUCCUUCAUGCUAUUGUCCUCUCGGGCCCGCCAGCCCUGGUGGAUGCGGGGUGGACAGAGGCAGGGGUGUGUGUACCCAUUCGCUCCCUGGGGCUCAGUAGUCCCUCUGCCACUCAUCUAGCCCACUCCUAUGCUUUCCUGGAACUGGACCCCAGGCAAGGCCUCAGAUGACUGAUGCCUUCAGCCUGGAGAUGCUGCUCUAGAGGCAUCAAUGAUAGGAGGUGAGAAAUCACGCUUUGCUAUGUGGCUGCUCACCCCAGGUCUGGAGGAUAGCUGAGACCCCGAGACUCCUGCUUAGAAGCAGCAACCAGAGAACCCUCUAGUCUGCAAGAUGCAGUGCUCAGGGGCUGACAUGUGCCUUAGAGAGGAGUCUCCUCCCCUUCCUUCUCCCACCCAGGACAGGCAUGGCCUCCUGGGAGUGCCCAUACCACUUUCAGUGAUAUUUGGGCCAAAUACCCUUUCCUCAUGACCUUCCUGGGCUGCAUGUCUGGGGUGCUGGUCUCUCACCAACCUGCCCAGGCACUUUGCUGCAUUAGGCAUCCCCAGGGUCACUGCCCUGCACCCCAAGGUGUGCCUCAGUGUAAGUACCCUGUGGGCAGCAUAGGCAGUUCCUUGCCUGUCCCCCCUCCACAUAAGUGCUCAGCUCGAUGUGGGUUUUAUGAUAUGAGGAUAUUCCAGAAAUAAAUGCUCUUUCUAUA